AUGGGGGACGCGUGGCGGGUGCUCCAAUCCAACGGCCCCACCGAGAAGCUGCGUCUCUGCCAGCGUCACUCGGCGCUGGCCUCGAGCCGGCCCCUCUACUUUUUGAAGGCUCUAGGCAACGGCACCACCUCCGACGACGACAUCGGCCCGUAUGGGGCCGGCUGCCAGUCUUUCACGGCGAAGUUGCGGCGGGUCAACUGGCCCACCAAGUUCCGUCCGGACCUGCCCGAGAAAUACGAAGGCACCAUCAACUCGGAGGAAUUCCUCCAAAUCUACACCACCGCCAUCCAGGCGGCGGGAGGAGGCCCCCAGGUUUUGGGCAACUACUUCCACGUCGCCCUCCGGGGCACUGCUCGCUCGUGGUUGAUGAACCUCCCACCGGGAUCUGUCGGAUCCUGGGGGGAGCUGUGUGAGCAGUUCGUCACCAACUUCUCCGGGUCGUUCACCCGACCGGGGACCCGCGGCGACCUCCUCACUGUCCGACAACGCAAGGGCGAAACACUGCGCCAAUACAUCCAGCAUUUCAGCCAGGUACGCAACACCAUCCCCAGCAUCUCGCCGGCCGCCGUCAUCAUGGCGUUCAGCGAGGGAGUCACCAACAAGUGGAUGGUGGGCAAGCUGGAGACCCACAAUGUGGAGACCGUCUCCGAGCUGUUCGCGUUAGCGGACAAGUACGCCCGGGAAGCCGAGGCAUACGCCAGGGUCGAGCGCCGUGGCGCCCCCGAGGAGCCUCCAGCGCGCGACGGCCCGAAGCCCGGUGCCAAGGCGAACAAGAGGAACGCUGCCGCUGUCCUGGCCGCGGAGGGAGGGCUGAAACCAGCUCCCAGGGGAACCCCUGCCGGUGGCGGAAGGAAGCCCGCUCCUCCUCGCCAGGACAGUGGCAAGUGGUGCGAGCUCCACUGCACCGACCGGCACGACCUCACCAAGUGCCGCCUCGUCAAGGACCUCACGGCGAGCGCCAGCGGGGCCGCGACAACCAUCGCCGUGACGACCACGACGACACGACCAGGCUGGCCCAGGUUGGCCUGGCUUGGGCUUCCAGGAGCCGUAGCACGCGGUCGCCACCAUCUUCGGUGGGGCGAGGUAACCGCUGUCCCGGAGGAGGGCCAAGCUCCUCUGGGGGGAGGUCUGCACGGCAUCCCGGUACCUGGGGGCUCCCAACCUCUCAAGUGGUCGAGCACUCUCAUUACGUUCGACCGGAGUGACCACCCAUCCAACACGGCGGGCGUGGGUCUCCUCCCAGUCGUCGUAACGCCCACCAUCUGCAACAUCGGGGUCGGCAAGACCCUGGUGGACGGCGGAGCAAGCGUCAACCUGCUAUCGUCGGAGGUGUUCCGCAGGAUGCAGAUCGAGGAGCGCAAGUUCACCCCUUUAGCCCCGUUCUGCGGUGUGACCGACGGGAAGACCGUCCCAUUGGGGCAGAUCGAGCUUCCCGUCUCGUUCGGCGGGAGGGACAACUUCUGCACGGAGAACAUCACAUUCGAUGUGGCCCACUUCGACCUCCCCUACAAUGCCAUACUUGGGCGCCCAAUGCUCACUGUAGCUGCUGCUGGUUGA